AAGGAUCCCGAGAGCUAAGGUGGCUGCAAAGGGGAGAGCCGCGCGAGCCAAGUGGGGGAGGGUGAAGGAAACCCGGGAGAAGGCUUUCUCCAGCCCCCAAAGUUUUGAUGAUGACCAUGACUACGAUGGCUGACGGCUUGGAAGGCCAGGACUCGUCCAAAUCCGCCUUCAUGGAGUUCGGGCAGCAGCAACAGCAGCAGCAACAGCAGCAACAGCAGCAGCAGCAGCAGCAACAGCAGCCGCCGCCGCCACCGCCGCCGCCACCGCCGCAGCCGCACUCGCAGCAGACCUCCCCGGCCAUGGCAGGCGCGCAUUAUCCUCUGCACUGCUUGCAUUCGGCCGCGGCGGCGGCGGCGGCGGCCGGCUCCCACCAUCACCACCACCAGCACCACCACCACGGCUCGCCCUACGCAUCGAGCGGAGGCAACUCCUACAACCACCGAUCGCUCGCCGCCUACCCCUACAUGAGCCACUCGCAGCACAGCCCUUACCUCCAGUCCUACCACAACAGCAGCGCGGCCGCCCAGACGCGCGGGGACGACACAGAUCAACAAAAAACUACAGUGAUUGAAAACGGGGAAAUCAGGUUCAACGGAAAGGGGAAAAAGAUUCGGAAGCCUCGGACCAUUUAUUCCAGCCUGCAGCUCCAGGCUUUAAACCAUCGCUUUCAGCAAACUCAAUACCUGGCCCUUCCCGAGAGAGCCGAACUGGCUGCUUCCUUAGGACUGACACAAACACAGGUGAAGAUAUGGUUUCAGAAUAAGCGCUCUAAAUUUAAGAAAUUGCUGAAGCAGGGCAGCAACCCACAUGAAAGCGACCCCCUCCCGGGUUCAGCAGCCCUGUCACCUCGCUCGCCAGCCCUGCCUCCGGUGUGGGACGUUUCUGCCUCCACCAAGGGUGUCAGUAUGCCUCCCAACAGCUACAUGCCUGGCUAUUCGCACUGGUAUUCCUCACCACACCAGGACACCAUGCAGAGACCGCAGAUGAUGUGACUUGUCUGAGGGAACAAGCUAGGGAAGAUUCUGGAGGAUGCAAGGAGGAUCCAGAGCUGCAUCUGCCAAACAGCCUAAGCAAUGAACUCAGAGGAACUGUCCCUGUGACC